UGGUUGCUGGGCUAGUCAGUCGGUGUGGCGACCCUUGAGUGGAGUGAUUGGAGUAAAACGGCGUUUCGUGUUGCACAAACGUUAUAGCGUUAAUAGUCUUACGUGUGAAAUGUGCCCAAACCAAGCGAUGUGAAGCUGGUAUUUGUCUGAACUCUACCUCAAAGGUGUCAUGGUGCUUUUAAGAGAAGGCCUGUGUCCGGGUUUGACCGUCGAUAUGGUGAAAGCUCUCCAGACAGAAGACAUUAGGACAGUUGAGGACCUUGUCUCAUCUGACUCAGAAGAACUGGCUCAGAAAUGUUCAUUGUCUUAUAAGGCUUUGGUGGCUGUUCGGCGGGUGCUUCUGGCUCAGCACACAGCGUUCCCUGUCUCAGGAGCAGAUCUGUACGAGGAGCUGCUGAGCUCCACUUCUAUUCUCUCCACAGGAAAUCACAGUGUCUGGAGUUCUAAAGUCUCUCUCUGCAGUGUGGAUAAGCUGCUUGACUCUGGCUUGUACACAGGAGAGAUCACAGAGCUAGCUGGAGGUCCUGGAACAGGCAAAACACAGCUGUGUGUUAGUGUAGCUAUGAACAUAGCACAUGAGCUUAAACAGAACGUGCUAUACAUUGACACAAACGGUGGGAUGUGCGCUAGCCGGUUGCUCCAGAUGCUCCAAGCCAAAACGACCAAUACAGUGGAGCAGAUGAAUGCUCUUCAGAGGAUCAGGGUAUUCCGGGUGUUUGAUGUGUUCUCCUUACUGUGCUGUCUUCAAAAUCUGAGAGCUUGUGGUCUUCAGAAGGGAUCUGUUGGAGGAGGUUCAGUUAAAGCAGUGAUGGUGGACUCAGUUUCUGCUGUGGUUUUCUGCAUGCUUGGAGGGAAACAGACUGAAGGUAUGUCUCUGAUGAUUCAGGUUGCUACAGAGCUGAAGAUGAUUGCCAAAGACUAUAAUGUAGCAGUUCUUGUGACCAACCAUGUGACACGGGAUGGAAACGGUCAGCUGAAAGCCGGUUUAGGGCAGACGUGGAGUCACAUUCCACGCACACGAAUUCUUCUGCAGAGAGCUAACCGCCCAGGAGCACCUACCAGCUUACGGACAGCAACCCUGACCAAAUCCUCACGGCAGCCCUGUUAUCUGAUGGAGGAAUUUGAUUUGUGUGAGCAGUCUGCAGAGGAGCUGAAAUCGAGGUUUUCAGGGAAGAGAAAACUGGACACUACUGCAUAAGAAGCUGCAAAAAAGUACUAACUCUGGGGGGGAAAAAAAUCUUGCAGAUGACGUUCUUGCUUUUAUAAAGCAAGUUUUUCAGAAUUUGUUUUUAAAAUCUGCCAUGGCCUUUUGUUAAAAGGAAUUGUGUAGAAUUGUUCAAAUGAGUGUUUAUUGAGGGCAUUAUUACUUAAGUCUUUGAAUGUUGCAUUUAGCACAAUUAAAGAUGCAUCUUCCUAGACAAACCUAUGAUGCACGUUUUAGAUAUCAAUGGAAAUGAGUAGAAAGUCACUAGACCAAUACAUUCUGAACAACUGAACCUAAGUGUACAAAAUUCACCACUCUAGCCAGAAAAGACCCAAAUGGGUUUUCUAGCGUAUUUAACUGUGGAUGCUGUAAACAACUGCUAAAAGGCAGGAAUGUUAAGAUUGUGUUGUGAAGAUGUUUUGUAGAGUCAUUUACCAAACAUCUUAAGACUAACAAUACUGACGUAGGAUCAACUUGUUUAUGCAACACCAAAUAAAAUUCCAUGACCUGAUCUUAGAUCAGAGCUUAUCCUCCGAGAUGCUUGCUAAAUGUGGGCCACCAUUAAUACACCCCAAAAUAUUUUAAUUCCAGUGUUUCAACAGAUGAGUUUCAUUGUAAAUAAGAAUAAAGAAAACAGUUACAGUAA